AUGCACUGCGGUCUCGUUCAGCUCGCUCUCCAUUUCUCAGGGAUUCAACAACAUCAUCUGACUAUCUGCCUCCUCCUCAGGAUACAUCAUCAGAAAGGGCAGGCCGCCAAGCGAGCUCUUUGCAUCGAGUUGGGAAUCAACAAUGGGAGAACUCCACUUCCUAAGUUCUCUGACAUCAGAACUGCUUCUCAAUAUCCCAACCACGAAAAACCAAAAAGUUCGCAUCCCACAUGUUCAAAUAAUGUAAUUAAUCGACCAGAGGGGAAUAGGACUGCUAUAGGGGCUUCGGCUAAGAGUUUCACUGAUGCGGUGCUGGCUUUGCCUGCUUUUGUAACUGUGGGAAAUGAGGCAGGACACUCUCGUAUACACAAGCUGCAUUUUCAGAAAAAUGGGGAUUCUCUUUGGGCUGACGUAUCUCAAAGCAGCCAAGUUAGUUCCUUGGAGAACCAAGUAAAUGAUCCGGGGUUUGAUGUAUCUCUAAGCGGCCAAGUUAAAUCCAUGGAGAGCCAAGUAAAAGACCCAGGGGAUAAAGUUCUAAGCAGCCAAGUUGAAUCCUUGCAGAGCCUAGUAAAAUACCCGGAAGCUGACGUAUCUCUAAGCAGCCAAAAUGAAUCCUUGCAUAGCCAAGUAAAAGACCUUGAAGCUGACGUAUCUCCAAGCAGCCAGGUUAAAUCCUCGGAGAACCAAGUAAACGACCCAGGGGGGUGAUGUAUCUCUAAGCAGCCAAGUAAAUUCCUCGCUGAGCCAAGUAAAGUUCCCAGAGUCUUGCACCUUUCAGCUUGAGAACAAGAUAGGCAGCUUGCAAGCCACGAUGGAUAAGCUAAAACAGGAGAAGCUGUGGGAAAAGGUAGAGCUCAUGCGAGAGGUAGACUUGCUGAUGGUGAACCUAACCAAAUGCAGUUGAGGGAGCUUUUGCAGAAGGUUGAGAAGUUGCGCGAGGAUCUCAGCAUGGCCGCUCGUGGUGCGGUUGUGGAGGAUUUUGCAGCUCCAAAGGCAGAAGAGUACAGAAAGAUUUAGGACUAAAUUCUUUUUCAAAGUCUUGCUCCUUUGAAACGCAAAUGACAUGAGAUUAAUACUACAUAUCAGUUAGAUCAUGCACGCAAGCACAGAUAUCAAUAUACUAAAAAAGGAUAGGAAUUAGGAAAUGAUAAACACACUUUUUCUUUUUUUACAUAUUUUUGUUUAAUUA